CUGGGUUUGGAUUCUUCAUUGGCAUCAUAGAAAUUUGAAAAAUACAUUCGAUUUAGCUUAGAUAAUACAAAUAAAGAUGUAAAUACCAAUUCUAUAUCCCACACCUAUAACCAACUCGACUGCGGUGCUCACUCGCUUAUCGGUAAACCACACUAUCCUCCGAUUAAUUUCUCAUCUUCUAUUUACUUCUUGAUAUAUACAUAUAUAUAUGUUUGAAGAAUUUUUCUUAUUAAUAGGAAAAUGUCAUUUUGAAGGAAAUAAGGGGCUCAUUUAAUAUUAAGCAAAUAACAGUGCUAAAUGGCAUUGGCAGGGCUAAUCAGUCAGCGCAACAAGGUUGCUUUUACAACGCACAAACGUACAUACAUAUAGACACAUGCCUGUAUAGCUUUCCCUCACUUACUUAUGCUUGUACUUAUGUAUUUGGAAGACAAGUGGGAACUUACAUUGAACUUAGCAAAGAUAUUUAUAAAAAAUAUUUAAAAAAAAAUCUCCUUCGUAAAAAGUCUUCAACAUAUAAAAGCGUGGCAGAUGAUACCCGCGUGGUCAUUGAAAGCUAAAGCUUUUACGUGACGGAUCUAACGGGAGUUGCAGUCAACGAUGCAGUUUAUAACGCACAUGCCGCUUCUCCUCGCUCUAAGUACCACCGUUUCAUAUGCGUCGAGCAGCACGUACGAUGGCAAGCCGGGUUGUAAAACGCCGGGCGAAAUCGGUAAUGCCUAUAGAAACUUUUGGGAUCCGAUGCGUUAUUGGCGUUGCAUUGGUUUAGAUAUGGAGCCUUUGCGAGAGAGUUGUCCCGAUGUUACCGCCUUCCAACAGAGUUUGGGUCGUUGUGUUCCCUGGCGAUAUUGGAAAUGGGAGGUACCCGUAUAUCCUCCUAGUUGUCCCUCUGGUGUUAUGUGCAUACAAACGGAGUCUAAGCCUUCUUCAUUAUACUCUCAGGAGUUAUAUCCACAAGCGCCGCCACAAGCAUUAGUGCCAAUAAGUCCGCUUUAUCCACAAGCAAUGCCGCAACCAAUAGUGCCAAUAACUCCCCCGCAAGCACUAGUACCGACAAGUCCCAUUUCACAACCACAGCCGUCCACGAAGCCACACAUUCUAGGUCCGCUACCACCGCAGCCUUCAGGGUCUCCCCAGAUUGUGCAUUCCCCUCUACCCUCGCCACCUUUUGUGCCGCCGCAGUCUCCCCAAGUAUUUAGCCCACCAUUUGUGUCAUCGCCAUCUCAUCAGAUACUGAACACACCAUAUCCAAUGAUUCCCUCACGACCACAAUACCCAAGUGGUCUCAACGUUUAAACUGUUUGACCACUUAGAGAAGAGUUUUAGCGUUUUAGUUUUAUAUUUAUAUAAAAUUAUAUAUUUGUAUUCAUUUUAUUAAAAAUUUAUUGAAU